GGCGCUUCAAAGUGUCGUGAUACUGGGCUAGAAGCUCCAUGGCGGGACAUGAGAUGAUGUCUUCAAAGGCUGCAGCUUUUUCCAUUGCUAAUUUACUCAAUAAUGACACUAAGCUCGACGAAGAAAGCUCGAGUCCUGUUCCUGUCCAGCAAAAGAGGAACGGUUAUGCUAUUACAAGUCUAUUACAGAAUGCAACUCAAAGUAACGAGCCGAAAAUACCACAAUUCACGAGCACUUUACCAACGUGCUUCAACAUGAUGAGAAACUUUGAUUUUGGUGCCAGUUUACCAAAAAUCGCCAUGAGAGAAGUCCAAGUUGCUCUGCAGCAGAGCGAUUUGUGGUGGAAGUUUUACUCGUGCGGAACAGAAAUGGUUAUAACACGAACCGGAAGACGAAUGUUUCCAACCCUAUCGUUAUCAUUUUUUGGUAUGGACCCCAAGAAAUACUACUCCAUUCACGUUGACCUGGUGCCAGUCGAUAGUUACAGCUACACAUUUGURAACAGCGCGUGGCAGGUUAACGCAAUCGCGAGUGAUGUUCAACCAUCGAGCUGUGUAUCAUCAUAUCAAGCAGAGGAAGUCGUCCAUACGGGACUUUACUGGAUGAAAAAUGGCGUGGACUUCAAGAAACUUCGUUUAACUAAUCGGCGUAAUGGUGUCUUCAAAGAAGGAGAGCUUCAGUUGAGCCCCAACAGAAAGUACCAGCCUCGAAUACAUGUGGUAGAAGAAUCAGAAGAAGGAGUUAAACUUUCCUGCUCCACCUUCGUCUUCCCAGAAACGUCAUUCAUCGCAGUCACUACUUAUCAGAACGAGGAGUUGAUUCAAAUGAAAAUCGACCACAAUCCAUUCGCGAAAGGAUUUCGUGAUAAAGGGGCGAGGAGACGAUACGUGCCCUAUGAACAUCGACCAGGACCACUAGUUGAGACGACAUCCAUGUAGAAUACUGUAUAGUCAUUGUCAUUAAUGCAAUUAGAUGUUUAAAAGUAUUUCCAUAAAGACACUGUACUUAUUGCGAAGAAMGUGGCUUAUUGAUCACGGUAAAUUUCCAACCAUCAACCGUCCUGUCUCAAUGUUAAAUAUUAAGCCUAAAAUGACAGACRUUCUAUAUUCCGUAAAUAAAGAAAUUAGCCUUAAAAAUUAUAUAUUUUCAAAUAGACGGAGCAAGUUGUUAUGUAAGUUUCUGAAACAAUAAAAAAACUGCAAAUAAAUUCACAACAAACGAUAUUGACAUUUAAUGUCAUGUAAAAGAACCGGCCGAUCAUGAAUAUAAUAAUGAACGGUUUUUGGGAGAUUCCUAUGUUGAAGAUCGAUGUUGAAGACCAUGCCUCCUUUCCAGGAAUUCCAAACACAGAAGAAACUGAGCACUUAUCUGUGGAGGAGAUAAUGCUCAAAUUCAUUUAAACUUAGGCAUGUUAGCCAGAAAAUGUUUUAUUCGUUUCAACUAUUAAAACAUUAAAAUAUCCGUCAAGCACCAACUAAGGACGUUCAAUCGGCUGAGGAUUGUCAAGUUUAAACAGGUCUCACAUAUAUUUCAUGUGGUGGCUAAACAUUGGAUAUGCGCCMAGACAAGUUCUGUAUAAAUGUUUUACUUUUAAAAAUAAAGUUUGAAGCUAGAGCAAAUAAUGGUACUGAUUAAUUAAAUGUUUUAAUAUAUCGCUUUUAUCAUAUUUUUUUAAGAAUCUUUAUUACGGCGUGGAUAUCAAAUUGAAGAACGUUGUCGGGUACAAAAAAUACGCAUUCUAGGACUACAAGUGGCUAGUGAAAGCAGUGUACAAUUAAACAAAUAUACGAAACAACA